ACCGUUUUUUGGUAUAUUACAUAGUUUGAGAAGAAUAUAUAUCGAUGGAUUUAAUACUGUCAUCGAAAAAAACAGAUAAAAUAGUAAUGGAAGCUGAAGGAGUUGGUGGAUAUUACGCUUGGUCAAGUAGCCAAUUUCCUCUUCUUAGACAGAAAAAACUUGCUGCUGGAUUAUUUCUUCUUCAGCCUCGUGGGUUUGUUCAACCUUACUAUUCUGUUUCCUCAAAAAUUGCUUAUGUUUGUCAAGGUGAAUGCAUUGUUGGAUUGAUAUCAUCAGAAGAUUCAAAAGAAGAAGUUAUAAAAUUACAAAAAGGGGAUACUCUACCAGUUACCUUGAAACAAGUGUCAUGGUGGUACAAUGAUGGAGACUCUAAACUUGAAAUAAUUUUCUUAGGAGAAUAUGACGAUGAAUACACACCUGGAGAAUACUGCGGUUUCUUCUUAACUGGAUUCACCGGUAUUUUAAAUGGAUUCUCUAAUGAAGUUAUAGCUAAAUCUUUUCACAUGACCAAAACUGAAAUCGAAAAACUUAUAAAAGACCAGAGUAGUUCUAAUACUAUAAUUAAGAUAAAGGAAGGCACAAAAAUGCCAGAACCAUGCAACAAAAACGCGAAACACAAGUUGGUUUUCAACUUGGAUAGUGCAAAACAUUGUACUGUUGAGGUAAAAAAUGGUGGAAUUUUAUCCGCGGUAACUUGUAGGAAUUUACCAUUGCUUAGAAACGUUGGAUUAAGCGCAAAUCGCGUAGUUUUGGAAGGUGGUGCUUUAUUUGGUCCGAUUUUUACAGCGGAUAUGUCCGUUCAAUUGAGUUAUGUUACGAAAGGAAGUGGACGUGUUCAAAUUGUGGGACCUUUACGUAAGGUUGUGUUGAAUACUAAAGUGGAGGAAGGUGAAUUGUUUUUCGUACCAAAAUUCUUUCCGUUUGUUGUAGAAGCUGAUGAAGGAGGAAUGGAGUUCUUCUCCGUCAUAACAUCAUCAAAGCAAGUAGAUGGAGAAUUAUCAGGUGGGAAAAAAUCAAUCUGGGAAGCAAUAUCUCCAUCGGUUUUAGAGGUCUCUCUAAAUAUGACUCCAGAUUUGACAGAGUAUUUCAAGUCCAAGAUUGCUAAGGGUGCAGUGAUUGCCCCACCUUCAACUAUUUAAGUAAUUGUUCCAAUUGUUACUUGUUAGUCAUUUGAGAUGUAUACAUAUGUUUAACAAGUGUAUAAUAAUAUUAGUAUGUAAUACAUCUAUAUGCGUGAAAAUAAGAUCUAUGGUGAAAAAGAUGGGAGCUUUUGUUUUAGCUUAUAUUCUGCUGUGACGUGCCACGGUGCCAGUAUGUAAAUUAUAUGAAUGUCUUCUUAUGAAUACAAG